CAACAACAAUGGAGGAUAAUUGAAGAAGUGCGAACGCUAGGAUGAGCGGAUGACAUUCCACAGUCCCAGUUACCAGACCGAUAUCACAAGUGAAUCAACAGGGGGAGGAUGAAGCGGCGCAAUGCGGACUGCAGCAAACUCCGACGGCCGUUAAAACGGAACCGAAUCACCGAGGGUAUUUAUAGCAGCACCUUCCUGUACCUGAAGUUUCUGGUGGUGUGGGUGUUGGUCCUGCUGGCUGAUUUUGUGCUGGAGUUCAGGUUCGAGUACCUGUGGCCCUUCUGGCUGUUCAUUCGGAGCGUCUACGACUCGUUCAGAUACCAGGGGCUGGCGUUCUCUGUCUUCUUUGUUUGUGUGGCGUUUACAUCAGACAUCAUAUGCCUCCUCUUCAUCCCCGUCCAAUGGCUGUUUUUUGCUGCCAGCACCUAUGUGUGGGUCCAGUACGUGUGGCACACAGAGAGAGGAGUCUGUCUACCCACCGUAUCGUUGUGGAUCCUCUUUGUGUACAUCGAAGCUGCCAUACGGUUCAAAGAUCUGAAGAAUUUUCAUGUAGAUCUGUGUCGGCCCUUUGCUGCUCACUGUAUUGGCUAUCCAGUGGUGACUCUAGGUUUCGGCUUCAAGAGCUAUGUAAGCUAUAAGAUGCGUCUGAGAAAACAGAAGGAGGUCCAGAAAGAGAACGAGUUCUACAUGCAACUUCUACAGCAGGCGUUACCACCAGAGCAACAGAUGCUGCAGAGGCAAGAGCGAGAAGCAGAAGAAGCUGCCUUAGCUAAAGGGAUCUCUGAGAUCGAACCCACAGUUACAUCCCAAAACGGAGCGCCACCUGGGAAGAAAAGCGCUUCAGUCUUAUUACCAGAACUGGAGUACCGUGAAAAAGGGAAGGACAGUACAGCGAAAGAGCGUGAGAGUAAAAAGCAGAACACAGUGGGAAUCAAUAACAACAGUAUUCUACAUGCACUGGACUCCAAACUGCAGGAGACAGAGUUUAUUGAGAACUACAUUGGAGCAAAGAGACUGAACAACGACCUAGCAGGAGAGAACACACUCACUGACAGCAACACACACAUGACUUCUAAAGAGGAAAGUGGGGGGGCGGGGAAGAACUACAAAAAUGUCAGCGGUGGUGGGGGUGGCAACUCGUCCCCGAGGAGUCACAGCUCUACAAACGGCAGCCUGCUGCCAGGCUUCUUAGCCAGUAAGAACGAGAAGAAACAGAAAGGUGCAGGGAGGGGACAGAAGGACCCGGUGGAAAACUGCAUCCCCAACAACCAGCUGGGCAAAUCUGACACUCUGGUCCGGCUGGAGCAGGAUGUGAAGCGCCUGAAGGCCGAUCUUCAGGCCAACAGGCAGCUGGAGUCGGAGCUGCGCAGUCAGCUGUCCUCUCUGAGUAGCCAGGACCGCAGCCUCCGCUCUGAACUGGGCCAGCUGCGCCAGGACAACGAGCUGCUGCAGAACAAGCUCCACAGUGCCGUCCAAGCUAAGCAGAAGGAUAAACAGACAAUAUCCCAACUGGAGAAGAGACUGAAGGCCGAGCAGGAAGCCCGAGCUCUGGCAGAGAAGCAGCUGGCUGAGGAGAGGAAGAGAAAGAAGAUGGAAGAGGCUACUGCAGCCAGAGCAGUAGCUUUGGCAGCCGCAACAAGAGUGGAGUCCACAGAUUCUCUUCGAGGUCGUAUCAGAGACUUGGAGACGGAGUGCAAGAAGCUCAGCAUGGACAUGAAGCUGAAGGAGGAGCAGAUUAGAGAUCUGGAGGGCAAGUGUCAGGAGCUGCGCAAGUAUAAAGAGAAUGAAAAAGACACAGAGGUGUUGAUGUCGGCGCUGUCAGCCAUGCAGGAGAAAACCCAGCACUUGGAGAACAGCCUCAGUGCUGAGACCAGGAUCAAAUUGGACCUGUUCUCUGCACUGGGGGACGCAAAGAGGCAGCUGGAAAUAGCACAAGGCCAGAUCCACCAGAGGGAGCAGGAGAUCGCAGAACUGAAGCAGAAGAUAGCAGAGGUGAUGGCUGUGAUGCCCAGCCUGUCCUACACCUCAGACGGCAGCAACCUCAGCCCCGUCACCCCCCACUACUCCUCCAAGUUCAUGGACAAUAGUCCCUCCUCCCUGGACCCCAAUGCCUCAGUCUACCAGCCCCUCAAAAAGUGACUCUUUUGUCAGACAGAACUUUAUGUCUCUUUCUUUCUUUGGAUGUCAGCUACCCUUUGGGUUGUUUUUAGAUUUACUAGGCCCUGACAAGUUUUUUGCAAUUAGCACUGACAGACACACAACUCCUUUAUGAACAUACAUAAUAUUCUUUGUUUGGAGGGGGUGCUGUUCUUCUAUAAGAACUAUUAUUUUGAAGGAGUUGUGUAGAACCGGUUGGCCAAAUGUCUCCUGAAGAGCCAUCAAGCAUCGCUUUUUGUCAGACCUCUUUACAGUGAACUUACCCAGGUCUUUACUUUUUUGGUAAUCUGUUGACUUUUUUAUAUAUAUAUAAAAUAGGAAGCAUGUUUUCAGUUCAGUGACUCAAAAGGUCACCUGUAAAGCAAAGCCCUGUAAGAGAUACAUGAAUGUAGAACUGUUCAUGAUUUGAUAUCAGCAUUAACCUAAUCAGUGAUUGUUUUGUAUCGUUUCAGUUUGACAAUGUGCAUUUAUUCUGAAAUAGUGAUAUUGAGCAGAUAAUCGUUUGCUGUGUUCCUCAGAUACAGUAUAGUCUCUUAAUACAGGAUUAAUCGAGUCUCCAGGAUUAUCAGUCAGUGGAUGAAGCAGACAUAAUUUUGCCCUUAAGAAAAUAACUGCUAGAUUGGACGUGGCACUGCCAAAACAUUACUUCACCGUUUACUUGUUUGCUGCAGACACAUCUCGUUUCUGGACCAAAUUAGGACCCGUUAAGCCACACUGUUCCUUGGAUUUAAUGAUGUCAAGGUAACUAGUCGUUACCGUAAUUUGCAGAUGUUAGCAGUGCCUUGCAGUUGUUCUUUUUAUUAUCCAGGAAUCACUUUUAUUUUUUUUAUUUUUUUUUGUUUUUCAUUCUGGGAUUUAGCUUCAAAGCGACUGUCCUCUCUCUGACUUGGAUACGCCUGGUUUUUGUUUUUAUAUAUUUUUGAAAAAGUUGCUCAAGUUAUCAGUAUUGAAGGGUCCGACGUGUUUAAUUCUGCAGACCUUAAAGGGAAAAAAAAGCAAAAAUGAAACACUGUACACGUCAUGUGACGGAUGCUUGUUACCCAAACUGAUUGUUGAUUAUCAUGCCCUCAAGCUGGCAUUUUGUUUACAACAAUGUACAUUAUCUUGCUGAGGAAUGUUUCCUUUGCUUAUUUAAUUUUAGUUAAGUGCCAAGUGUUAAUGUUUGGUUUCCAUUGGUGUAGCUAGCAUAAUGUUUGCAGAAGUGUGCUGUUAUUUUGUUCGUCAAUAGAGCAUAUUUGGACGAUGUUGUGUUUACAAGGUUCUAGGGCUGAUCGCGGUAAAACAGCAGACAGUCAUGUUGGACUGGUUGUGCCAUUUGCACUUUUUUAAAUGUAUUUUUUAGACUUUUUAGUGAAUGGCACUUCUAUAUUAUUUCCCAUCGUUUUAUUUGUUUCCUGAUUUUAUUUUAGCAUUGUUAUUUUUAAAAGCAGGAAAGAUUCUGUGAAUGUGUUGUAGGAACAAGGUUAUACCUGAACCAUUUGACCAUGCUGUGAUGUCAUGUCACCUACCUGAGAAAAAAAAGGAAGUUUAUAUAAAAAAAACAGUAUUGUUUGUGGA